AUGGUGGGGUUUGGCGGGGAACACAAAAGAGUCUCGGGACCCCGAUCCCUGCAUGUCUCGGUGAGCCCAAUGUCUUUUCAAGACCGCCGCCGAGCACACCGGCGCACUGAAGACGAGGACGAUCACGGUACAACGGAAGAGGAUUGUAAUAAAAAUCCGAAAAAAUAUGGUUACAUGACUUGGGUCAAACAUACAAAAACAGCGAGCAAGGAACCGCUUCGAAUAAUAGUACGGAAGUGA